AUGACUACCACGACGAUUUGCUGCAAGCCUCUCAGUCCGCCCAAUGCCUCAAAAAUUGACUUUGGGGUUGAGCUGACGGGGAUGGACCUUGAGGCUAUGAACGAUGAUGACUUCACUAUCCUCCGUCAAGCUCUGUACGAGAACCAGGUUGUCGUCAUCAAGAACCAAGGCAACCUGACCCCUCGAGCACAAUACGAGCUCACCCGCCGAUUCGACCCUGCCGCUGGAGUCUACAGCCACGGCAAAUCCAUCGACAAAAGAAGCGUUCUCCACGCAGAUCUCACAACAAUUCCUCACCAACCACAAGUGCAAGUGAUUGGCCACGGUUCCAUUAAGGACUAUGAAGGAUUAUCCAAUAUCCAGCUACGACACCCUCACCACAAGGCCUUCCACAAGACUCCGAUCUCGGCUGAAGAGAACGAGGACUUCACGCAUUUCUAUCGCUGGCACAUUGACUCGGCGAUGUACAACCUGGAUCCGCCUCUUGUAACAUCGCUGCUAGCAGUCCAAGUACCCAAGGGCAGACGUCAGACCUGCCGCUAUGACGACGGUACAAACGAUACCCUCGAUGUGCCCCUCGGAACGACAGCAUUCUUCAGCGGAUACCGUCUCUACGAACUACUAUCCGAAGAAGAGAAGCAUUUCGUACGCACAAGCAAGGUUGAAUAUGCACCUCACCCCUACAUCUGGAUGAGCAAGGCAAAGUCUCGCUCCAAUGGGCUUGGCAUUGUAUCUGAAGGACUAGAACUUGCGGAAGAGGAUUUACCCCCAUUCGAGUCCGACAAGAUCAAAAUUUACCCCAUGGCCUGGAAAAAUCCAGUCACCGGAAAAUUGGCGAUGAUGGUAUACCCAACCUGUGUCAGGAAGAUUCAUCUUGAAAAUGGUGAAGUUUUGGAUAACCUUUCCGAGAUUCGGGAGCGCUUGUAUAAGUUGCAGAGAAGGGGUAUCGAUCCUACUCUGAUCUAUCCUCAUGAUUGGCAAGAGGGAGAUCUUGUGCUCUUUAACAAUCAUGGAGUUAUGCAUUCUAUUGUGGGCUCGUUCAAGGAUCAUGAGGUUCGAAUUUUCAGGCAAUGUAACAUGGCCGCGAGUCGGCCUCCAAACGGACCUUCAGCGGCCUGA